GGAAUAAUCUCGUGACCUCUCGUAGGUCGGCAAAGCAACAUGGCGUUUGCAGACGACGCAUGGAGAUAUGUUCGCGACCUCGCUGAAAGUGAACUGCAGUUGAUAUACUAUGUGUCAUAUAUGUUCCUGGUGUGGGGAGUACUUGUUGCAGUGUCCUUACAGAUUGUCAGUGCUCCGUAUGGCCGCUAUUCUCGGAAAGGUUGGGGAGUCGGUUUGAAGGCGAAUGUUGCCUGGGUGAUCCAAGAACUGCCCUCCUUCGCUGUGCCGUUACUGCUCCUCGCAUUUUCAGACUCUCCCAAGUUUCAUAAUCUGCCAAAUAAAAUAAUCCUCGGCAUGUUUCUCAUUCAUUAUUUUCAAAGAACUUUUGUUUUUUCAAUACUGAUAAAAGGAGGCAAAGCUACACCUCUGGUGCCAUUCCUUAUGGCAUGUGUGUUCUGUGCAACCAAUGGGUAUAUCCAGGGUCGUUACCUGCUCAAGUAUGCUGACUUCAGUACUGACUGGGAGAGGAAACCUACUUUCCUUCUAGGCAUUGCAAUGUUUUUCUCAGGGAUGUUUAUCAAUAUCCAGUCUGACUCAAUACUGAGGAACCUCCGUCAGCCUGGAGAAACCUGCUACAAGAUACCCAGAGGAGGGAUGUUUGAAUAUGUUUCUGGUGCCAACUUCCUGGGCGAGAUUCUGGAAUGGUGGGGCUUUGCUAUAGCCAGUUGUACCCUCCCAGCAUUGGGCUUUGCUGUAUUCACCACAUGUAAUAUCGGCCCACGUGCCUGCCAACACCAUCAGUGGUACAGACAGAAGUUUGAAGAUUAUCCCAAGACUAGAAAAGCUGUUUUCCCCUUCAUUCUAUAACUUGUAUUUCUGAGGAAUACCUGUAUGUGCCAACAGACAUCUUGUAUCUGACUGACUCCACACUGGCUGUUCACAUAUACAUUUUGUUGCUUACAAUGUGAAAAAAAUGAUCUGGGCUUUUGAAGUAAUUAUUUACUGAUGACUUGAAGAAUUUAAAGUAGCCUGUGUACCCACUUUUAGUUUGUUCCUAGAGAAUCUGUGUCGGGUAGUAAUCUCACAGUUUCGGGCACUCACUAUUACAUACAUGAUACAGUGUCCUCCCAUCAGAGAGUUAUCCUCUCUGUCAGACAACAAACUGUAUGACUGGCUGCACAGGUAAUCCUCUAACUGGCUGCACAGGUAAUCCUCUACCUGGCUGCACAGGUAAUCCUGCACAGGUAAUCCUCUAACUGGCUGCACAGGUAAUCCUCUAACUGGCUGCACAGGUAAUCCUCUAACUGGCCCCUGCAUUAAUAUGGUUUGGUCCAACAGUCAGUGACAGAAAAACAAAGACUUCAUUUCUUCUCAUAUUAUUCUGCAUCCUAUAGGGAAACUUGCACAUUUUACUAUCAGAAAGGACAAAAUAUAAUAUGUGUUUAAUAAUACAUUCCAGAACAUGAGCUAGUAGUCUGUCAUGGAUAAACUCAAAGUGUACAUAUCAUUGGUUGUAAUUACAUUUAAGGAAAUGUUAAUUUAAUAUGUAUUGAUGAUGUAAGUGUAAUCAAAUCUAUACACAUAGCAGCAUGUAAAUAUUUUCUUCAUGUUAAAUUAUCCUUACCAAACCAUGUUUUUGUGGUCAUUAUCUGUUGGCAUUUAUGGAAAAAUGCAAAGUUUGAGGCAUUAAAAAUAUGCAUUUUAAUAAGCAUGGCAUUCUUUUAUAUUUGAACAUUCUAAAACAAGCUCAUAUUCAUCAAAUAAACCUUUGUUUAGAUGUUAGUUACAUGAAAGUUGUGCAACAAUUAAGACGUUUUGAGUUUCGUUAUCUUGAUUUAAAGGUCACACAAACAUUGAAAUGGGGCAUUGUUGUAAAGAGCCAACAGAACAUUAUUUGACAAAUAUUGAAUACUGUUGUGAAAGCAGAAACAUGUACAUUACUAGAUAGUAAUAUAAAUUACCACCAGUACAUAAACUGACUAGGUUUAUGUCAUCUAAUGUUGAUUUUAUUGGUAACUUGUAGAUGUACAUUAUCAUUGAAGUGGAAAGGAAUUGAGCUUGGAUAGGUAUUGUGCAUUACUGAGUUGAGAAGUUUAUUCCUAAGCAGUCUAAUAUUUCCACCAAGUCCAGUUUGGGACAGUUCAUAAAGAAAUGGGUGUAGACCUGAUUAAUCCAUUUGCCAUUGACUAAUGGGACACUAACCUAAUGGGUGAAGCCCAGGGAAUUGGUCACUGUACUAUAACAUGAAUUUGUCGGAGGUGUCACAAUAAACACUACAGAUUUAAACUGUUCUUAUGAUUGUUGCCACAUAGUCUUUAUUUUUCUCCAUCAUGGUGGUAGUCAUCAAGAAGUAAUGAUUUGUUUAAUGUACAGUUACAGGUUGCAAAACUCAGAUUUAAGUUUACUCAGAUGUUUUGAGUAGACAAAAUAGUUUAAGGGACCAGUAUUGCACAAUAGAACCCCUGGGUCAGUGGGAACCAAGUGAGGAGUCUUUUGGGAAGGCUUGUUUCAAAACUGACAUUUCAUAGUAAGAUAUAAUGUGCUUUUGCAUUGUGGCGUAUCACAAAGGGUCAUAGAAAACAUGUACUAGGACAUAGUGAGGGUCAGCCAAAAAUAUAACAAGCAUUAAUGUCAUUAUUUUCACUCCAUCAGUGCUUUUACAUCAUCUGCCCCCACCUGGAGUACUGGAUGACCUGGAUGGCAACUGUCAUGGAGCAGCUGUAGCUGCAUACCAGUAAUACUGCACAAUGUGGACCAUAACGUAUCUGUGAUUGCUGUGGGUGGUUUUGGUUUCAUUUCAUUUUCUUUGAAUAAACUCUAGUCCUAA